AUGUCACCUCCUAUAGUCGUGAUUGACUGUGGAUCAACAAUGUGCAAGGCAGGUUUUGCCGGAGAAGAAGCACCUAUAUCAACAUUCCCUUCCGUUGUUGAAUAUCGAAAGACGAAAUCAAUCAUGCUCAACCAAAGGGAGAGAGUUGGGGAUAGAGUAUUCUCCCAGAUUGGUGUAACUUGGGCCAAGCUUCCCAUCGAACGUGGCACAAUUGUGGAUUGGGAUGGCAUGGAGAAGGUGUGGUAUUACACAUUUCAUGAUGAAUUGAGAGUUGAUCCUGAGAGCAAUGGUGUGCUAUUGACAGAGAGUGUGUUGAAUGACGAUACAGCUCGUGAAAAGACAACACAGAUCAUGUUUGAAAAGUUUAAUGUGCCCUCGUUGAAUCUUGAAAAUCAGGCAGUCUUGUCAUUGGUUGCUUGUGAUUGCCAAACUGGUGUUGUGUUGGAGAGUGGAGGUGGAAUUACACAAUCUGUUCCAAUUUAUGAAGGACGUGCCAUUAAAGAUGCAGUUUCUAGAUUGGAAUUGGGUGGAGAGGAUUUGUCUGAUUUGUUACAUCAGAUUCUAAACGAAAAGGGUAAAAAGGUAAAUACGAAUGAGAGACAGAUGUCUGCAGAAAUUAAGAAAAGUUGUUACGUUGCUUUGGAUUUUGAAGAGGAGCUUAAACAAUUCGAUUCGAAAGAUUAUGAAUUACCAGAUGGAAACAUGAUCACGAUUGAAAGUGAAAGAUUCAGAUGUCCAGAAGUAUUGUUUCAUCCAGAAUCAAUAGGAAUGGAUGUUGGUGGAAUUCAUGAAAUGAUAUUCAACUCAAUUGGAAUGUGUAACCUUGAAUUAAGACCAGAUCUUUUCAACAAUGUUGUGCUUAGUGGUGGAAAUACCAUGUUUGAAGGUAUUGGAAAAAGAUUGCAAAAGGAAUUAUGUAGUUUAGCCCCUGUUUCCAUGAAUAUCAAGGUUACUGCCCCACCAGAAAGACAUUGCCUCAGUUGGAUUGGUGGUUCAAUAAUGAUGGCAUCUUCUGCAAGCCAACAGCAGAAUUUUAUUUCAAAGCAAGAGUAUGACGAUAUUGGUGCAUCAAUUGUUCACAGAAAUUAUUGUUGA